AAAAAUCAAAAUGGCGGAUGACCGACAGAACAAUAGAAGGUUGAAAAAUUUCAUGCGUCCUUACUUGGAAGGUUUCUACGAUUGGGUUCUAAUGCCGACGCAUUUUAAAGUAGCCUUUUAUUGGUUUGUUGUUCUGGUAGGUUCAUUCAUCCACGGUUUUCAACUGCUUCCUCUGUCCUAUCUCUCGAACAAGAGAAAUGUCUUCAACGUGUAUUUUGCCAAGUUUGGCUGGGGUUGGACACUUCUUCUUCUGAUUCCCUUCAUAUCCUUAACUUCGUCCGUAUACACUUCUUUGAAUCCGUUGGCGAUACUGAAACAUCUAAGUAGGAUGGCUGUGGCCACAUGUGGAUGGUAUUUCUGGGUGAAUCUGUUUUUUUACAUCAAGGAGUUGACCGGCUUUUGCGAAGGAGAAGAAACAUUGAUUUCAAAGAGGAGCUGUAAUAAAGAGGGAUUUUACUGGAAUGGUUUUGAUAUAUCGGGCCAUUGUUUCCUUCUAACUUACAGUGCACUGGUUAUUAGUGAAGAACUACAGCCCAAACUUUAUUGGCCGUCAACAAUGUCAGCUGUUGUACAAACAAGUCCUGAAAAUAUCAAUGGAUUUCAAUACCGGAACAUUGCUCGACUAGUAACACCUUUUGUAGGAGUUUUUUCCUUCUUUGCUGGCCUCUUGUUAAUCUUGUGGGAAUUCAUGCUUGUGUUCACCACAAUUUAUUUUCACACUGUUUAUCAGAAAGUUCUUGGGGCUGGGAUAGCGAUAUUUACCUGGUAUAUCACUUACAGAGUCUGGUACUGCUAUGCACUGUCACCAGGACUGCCUCAGGUCCCUAAUGCUAAAGUGACUGGUUGAAGUUGUUUUCACUUAACUGUGAAUUUAAUCACAAAAAUUAUAUAAAGAAUAAAUCAAAGCCUGGUCUCUGAAUAAGAUCCCUGAUACUAAAUGAAGUGCCUAACCUAAUUUAGCAGACUCCUUUUUCUGCAAUGACUUUCAUUAUAGUUCAUUUGUGGGAAGAAAUUUGUCAUCAGUUAUUUUGAGGUUAACCCUCAAAAAUCAACCUUUACAAGUAUGUAAUCUCAAGAACUUAAGUCUUCUAAUUGGAGGAUCCAAGAAGUGAGUUUUAGCCUUUUUUAUUUAGU